AUGGUGGAGGCGGCAGUGAUUCUACGAUUCCGGCGUUGCUUCUCGUUGCUAUCGCACAGGGUAGAAAUGCCCGUGAUUUCAAAGGCAAACCCGCUAUUAUUCGCUACAAAAUCACAAUUCACGGAGUAUUACGCACCUGUAAAUUCAGACGCUGUGGACAGAGCACCAGGAACCACGGGUAUCCAGGGCUUUAUACAACCGCAAUCUAACGUACUAGAAUCAGAGAUAGCUUGUAGGAGACAUAGAGGUGGUAAGGUCAAGAACAAACUAAGGAAUAUAGAGAAAAGAAAGAAACGUGAACAAAUUUUGCAUAAAAUAUCAUCAGAUGUCAAAUUCAAGUGA